UCGCCUCUAAUCAGGCCAUGUACACGGUCCCUUUUUCAAUGAAGCCAAAGAAAUUUUGUACCGAACUUUUGUUCAAAAAUCAUCCCCAGUGAUUGAGGCGCCACUCGUGGCGGGCAUGGCAACUUCUUUGAUAUUUUCUCUCGAACUCCUUGUCUUGUUUGCGUCUUUCGGGAAUUUAAAGGAAUUUUCAAUAAAAAAGUCAUGGAGAAGGAUCUCUUGGGAUACGAGGAACUGUUUGUGAAGCUAAUGAAGAAGGGUGGAGCAUUUACACAGAAUGAUAUCAGAGAAAUUAGAUCAAUUCCUUGUGAUGUCCUGGUGGAAUUGUUCCAGACAAUGCAGGAUAAAAAUCACUUCCGGCACAAAUAUUUCAAUAGCCAGAUGGAUUUUCUGGCAAUCAUGUAUGAAUCUUUUGUGGGAUUGAUUGCAGAGACACGGAAGAUUAAGAAGAAGCAAAAUCAGCAGAAGAGGAAGAAAUUUCUAAGGGAGCAUCCGGAUUUGUAUAUGAGAGAUGAAAGAUGGGAUUUUUUGGGAGACAUUGCCAAUGCAACUCCGGAGCAGAUGCAGCUAAUGUGGGUGGAGGGAUUGAGGCUUGGUAUCAAUAUGCCGGAUACCUCGUCAUUGGAGGAACCCAGACACGAAGGAACACCACAGCUUGAUGAGUUCUUUGGGGAAGGAGCACCCAAUCAGCUAGUGGAAGGAAGUUCUUCCGGUAACUUUGAACCCAGAUUUUCUUCCACUCCCCAGAGCACAGAGAUUUCAAACUCUUGGGACGAAUUUGGACAUAAUUUCUGAGGAGUGUGAGAUACCUCCACAGCCAAUGGCGCAAUCUGUGGAUGCUUUUCAUCCAGAUCCAAUACCCCAAGUGAAUGCUACUCCACGUCUUUCUCAGUAUUUGUCAAAUGUUUCUCAUCCGGAGGGGAUUCACAGGACACAGGGACGAGUGAUUGAAUUCAAUGAACCUUCCUCUAUUCCACAACCGCAUACACUCUCUCAAGAAUUGCUUCAGUAGGUGCCAUAAGAGCCACUUCAGCCGAUACCACCAUUAAAUAUUCCUCCUGAACCACAUGCACAGCUCUCUGGUGCAGAAGCUCUAGAACAGCAACAACAGCCUCCAGUUCCGGAAGCUGCAGAAGUUCAACUUGUUCCUGAAGCUGAGCAUCAGGACGUGCUUGUUGAGCAGCAGAAACAAAUUGUUGAGCAGCAGCACCAGAUUGUUGAACAGCAGAACCAGAUUGAUGAGCAGCAGCCAGACUUUGUACGCUUGAGGAAUGAAGCCAUUCAGCGACAUAUUUCAACUUCUGCUUGACAAUAACCACCGAUUAGAAAGUGUCGUGUUCAUCGUCCUCUUGAGUGCUGGGAUCUACGUGACGAGACACCGCAAGUGGUGACAGAAGCAAUGAUGAGGAGGUUCCUCCGGCACACUCUGCACUUCCCGAAACCUCAUAUCUACACUUGUAAGAAUGUUCCGUCAGACAGUUCAUCGAAUCAACCUCGUCAAAUGAGCCAUCAGAGCUCCUCCAGCAUUCAUCCAAAUGUCUCUUCAUCCAAAGAGCAAGUCUCUCUGCAAUUGCCAUCGAUUGAUGAGUUGCCCUCUGAAUUGUUGGAGCCUUAGAAAGAUGUUUCAAUGAUUCCGGAAAUUCCGCUUGUGCCGGAUGUUCCAAUCUUGCCGGAAGUUCAUCCACCUGUCCCAAUUCUGCCAGAUCACGAGCAAUUGAUUCCCAUUAUACCAGAUGUUCAGCAACCGAUUCCAGUUGUUCCAGAUCAGGAGCAACCAAUCCCCCCAAUGAUUGCAGAAAUUCAGCAACCUUUGCCAAAUGCCCCACUUCAAGCUCAAUCUGCUCCCCAGCCAAUGGACAUUGAUCAGCAGCGUCUUUCUGUUCAGCAUAUUCAACAAAUUACUCCUCAAACUCCGCAAGAAGUUCCAAUCCAACCAGCUAUUGUUGAAGCAAUACAACCAGAUGUUUCUGCCAUUCAGAAUCUUCCGGAAGCUGCACAAAUUCCACCAGAACAAAAAAAAUCAUUCCACGUGAGCAAAUUCCUGUUGCAACACUUGCAGUACUCACAGAUUCCCAGUUGGAGAGGAUAAAGAAAAUCCUGAGGCUUCUGUAUGCUAGGCGCGUGAUGUCCAAUUCAAUUCUGGAUGAAUUUCCAGAGAAAAUUGAAAUGGUCGGAAUAUUUCGGCUGUUUUUGGGUAAGAAAAUUAUUAAAAAUUCCUUGAGAAAUUUUUAAUUUUUUUUUAAAAUAAUUUUGUAAAUUUUCAGAGUUUAAUGGAAUUCUCUGGACAAUGGUCAGUAAUGAUAUCAAUGAACUGGUAGCACGGAAGAUUAAGAAGUAAAAUGAAUUGUUUCAAAAAAAAAAAGUAAUGUGAGAGUUAAGAAUUUAUGAUUAAAAAUCGAAUAUUGAAAAAAAAAUGUAAUUUUUUCCGGAAUUUAGUUUAAUUAAUAAUUUUAAAUUUUGUAAUUUUAAUGGUUGAAUGAAGCGCGCAUAAUUUUAUUAAAUUCAUGUGAAACAUUUUAAAA